CACUUUUGCCGGAACUGCUCGGAUCAGUCGUUCCGUGCUCGCACGAACAUCACUACACUUCCGGCAUCUCAUUCUCGAGCUCUUACCGCGUUUCGUACCGUGUGAGAAAACUGGUCUUGACCUUCACCUGCAAACAUGCCGGAACUGACUGAAAUCACGGAAAGCGCGGCCGCCGCCUCAAGUGCGACCGGAACCACAGAAGCCAAGCUGGAGGAUGCUCUCAGUGACACAGAGACCGAGGACUCUAUCCCGGAGCUGGAGGAUGCAGGAGCGGCUGCAACGACACAACUGGCCAAUGAAAUUCCAGACAUCUCGAAAGCAAAACAGUCGCGUGGCGAAAAGAAAGCCCGCAAGAUCAUGUCCAAGCUGGGGCUGAAGCCGGUCCAGGGCGUGAACCGAGUAACGAUCCGCAAGUCUAAGAACAUCCUGUUCGUGAUAAACAACCCGGACGUGUACAAGAACCCGCACAGCGACACCUACAUCAUCUUCGGCGAGGCCAAGAUCGAAGAUCUCACCCAGCAGGCCCAUGUGGCGGCGGCGGAAAAGUUCAAGGCACCGGAAGCGACACCGGCCACCGGCGAAGCUUCCAGCUCCACGAACGUCGUUACCCCGAUCGCCGAAGAGGAUGAGGAGGAGGUGGACGACACCGGCAUCGACGACAAGGACAUCGAUCUGGUAAUGUCGCAGGCCAACGUGAAACGUGCAAAGGCCAUCCGGGCACUGAAGAACAAUGACAAUGAUAUCGUGAAUGCGAUCAUGGAGCUAACCAUGUAAUA